AUGAAGAAGAGUGAGCCAUCCCAGGAUUCACACCAGGGUGGUCGCUGGCUGUGUGCAGAAUGUAAAGCAAACAAGGGCAAGCUACAGCCAGAUACCCUGGUUCUCCUGCACACGCCUCGCUGCUCGCGUCCUCCCCGCACAGUCCUCCCCGCACAGGCCUCCCCGCACAGUCCUCCCCCGCACAGGCCUCCCCUCACAGGCCUCCCCGCACAGUCCUCCCCCGCACAGUCCUCCCCCGUACAGUCCUCCCCCGUACAGGCCUCCCCCGCACAGGCCUCCCUUCACAGGCCUCCCCCGUACAGGCCUCCCCCGUACAGUCCUCCCCCGUACAGGCCUCCCCCGCACAGUCCUCCCCCGUACAGGCCUCCCCCGCACAGGCCUCCCCCGCACAGCCCUCCCCCGUACAGUCCUCCCCCGCACAGUCCUCCCCCGCACAGUCCUCCCCCGUACAGGCCUCCCCCGCACAGUCCUCCCCCGCACAGUCCUCCCCCGCACAGUCCUCCCCCGUACAGUCCUCCCCCGUACAGGCCUCCCCGCACAGUCCUCCCCCGCACAGGCCUCCCUUCACAGGCCUCCCCGCACAGUCCUCCCCCGCACAGUCCUCCCCCGUACAGGCCUCCCUUCACAGGCCUCCCCCGCACAGUCCUCCCCCGUACAGUCCUCCCCGCACAGUCCUCCCCGCACAGGCCUCCCCGCACAGUCCUCCCCCGCACAGGCCUCCCUUCACAGGCCUCCCCGCACAGUCCUCCCCCGCACAGUCCUCCCCCGUACAGGCCUCCCUUCACAGGCCUCCCCCGCACAGCCCUCCCCCUCACAGUCCUCCCCCGUACAGGCCUCCCCCGUACAGUCCUCCCCCGUACAGGCCUCCCCCGCACAGUCCUCCCCCGUACAGUCCUCCCCCGCACAGUCCUCCCCCGUACAGGCCCUCCCGCACAAUCCUCCCCCGCACAGUCCUCCCCCGUACAGGCCUCCCCCGCACAGUCCUCCCCCGCACAGUCCUCCCCCGCACAGGCCUCCCCCGCACAGUCCUCCCCCGCACAGUCCUCCCCCGUACAGUCCUCCCCCGCACAGUCCUCCCCCGCACAGUCCUCCCCGCACAGUCCUCCCCCGCACAGUCCUCCCCCGUACAGGCCUCCCCCGCACAGUCCUCCCCCGCACAGUCCUCCCCCGCACAGUCCUCCCCCGCACAGUCCUCCCCCGCACAGUCCUCCCCCGCACAGUCCUCCCCCGCACAGUCCUCCCCCGCACAGGCCUCCCCCGCACAGUCCUCCCCCGCACAGGCCUCCCCCGCACAGUCCUCCCCCGCACAGUCCUCCCCCGCACUGUCCUCCCCCGCACAGUCCUCCCCCGCACAGUCCUCCCCCGCACAGUCCUCCCCCGCACAGUCCUCCCCCGCACAGUCCUCCCCCGUACAGGCCUCCCCCGCACAGUCCUCCCCCGCACAGUCCUCCCCGCACAGUCCUCCCCCGCACAGCCCCCCCCCCCACGUGGCACUGCACGUGCCAGGCUUCCCCUUACCGAGCUCUCCCUGAUCCCAGCGAGGCAGCCCACCUCGCAGGGCCAAAGCGGCCUCAUGUCUGA